UCGGUCGACUUCGCCUCCAGCCGGUGACACACGGAGCGGCUCCAUCAGGAUACUGGAUUCGGUUCGUACAUGUGCAUUCCAUCGUCAGGCAACGUCCCUAGAGGUCCGGUCUCGUCAUUGGCCCCUCGUCCGAUUCUUUCCCCAAAUCUCACGCGAGAUCCGGCUCAGGGCUGACAGGUGCCUCCAUGGUCGAUACGACGUCCAUCAUGCUGACGGGGAAGUCACCGAUCAACCAAACCAUGAGGCUGAUCUAUAUAAUCGAUCUAUAUGAUCAUGGACGUAAAUAUAAUGAGCACAAUGGACUAAAGGAGGACAAAGGUGCGGCUGACACGAAGAGCAUCCAAUGUAGUUCCAAUGAAGGAAUCUAUAUCUUGUGGUGGAGUACAGUAAGACUGGAGUACCUCAGGCACCCACGGGACGGACCCAAACUUUUUUCUUCGUUUUUUUCCUUCAAUUUCUUCAUUCUAUUUUUUCCCUCGUUUUCUCUUCUUUUUCUUCUCCGAUUUUCUUCUUUGGAUUUCUGGAAAAUCACAAGCAAGAAAAAAAAGAGAAGCAAACCAGACAAACAGGAUCCUUCUCGGCCAAUUUCCCUCUUUUUCUUCUUCCCCGUCUUCCUUCCACGUCUUCUCUUGCAUCUUCACCCCCCCGGUCUCUCCCUUACUCGCAACCUCGCGCAAGACUCAGCCAGUAGCCGAGGAGAACCAGGAUCAAACCGAUCAGAAAGAAACAAGGGAACGAGAACCGACUGCGCUUACUUCUUCUCUUCUUUUUCUUCUCCGUCCUCUUCUUUCUCGUCCACCUUCAUUCCUCUCCUCGAUUCGAUCUUUUCAAUUCCUCCCCUCUUCGUCCCUAUAAAUCUUCUUGGCCGUUUCGUCAACACCACGCAUUGAACCACACGAGAAUAUCAUAAUGUCGGAUCCCGUCCAAAUAGCAGGGAAGCGCAAGAGAGCCAGUACGUAUACCCAAUGGAAUUCCAGCAAUCUGUGGUGGUGUAUCUAUCACAUUCCACUUCCUUCUUUCACCCCACCCCGCUUGCGCCAUCUUUCUGCUGGGUGUCAACACGGGGACGAUAGAUCUGGGAUGAUCGAUCUGGGUUUUCGUCGGGAAUGGGAUACAGGAUAUGACCAGU